UGGAUUAACUUAACAUUAAUAAUAGUAGUGAGAGAGAGAGGAUAUAUUGGAAAUGGAAAGGUAUCGUGUGUCUUUAGUUUAGAUUCUGGUGCCAGAAUUUUAAGACAGUCAUUUCUUCAAUUAGAUGCAUAUGGCGGCAACCCAAUCACAGACUUCAGAUCGUACCACUGAAGAGCAACCUGCAGAUCCAGAUAACAGGAAGGAGCAGCCUCCCUCAGCCAAAAAAGGGAGCUCAAUUUCAACUACUUCCUCCCUGGGUGCUGCCACUAGAGAAUAUUCAAGGGAGGCUGCUGCUCAAUCAGCCUUUUUAACAGGUGGAGGUCGUUCUGUUUAUUCACCUACUAUCUAUGCACCACAGGCACAGGGCUUCUACUAUAGAGGUUAUGAUAAUGUCGCUGGUGAAUGGGAUGAAUAUGCCCCAUGUGUCAAUGUUGAAAGAUUGGAACUUGGAUCAUCUGGGGUUUACAAUGACAAUCCUUCACUUGUCUUCCAUACUGGAUAUGGCUACAGUCCACAAAUGCCAUAUGGACGAUAUUCCUCUGUCACUACUCCUGUAGGAGGAGAUGCAAACAUGUAUUCACCCCAGCAGUUUCCAUUCUCUGGGCCACCUUAUUAUCAGCAGUUGGUUCCCCCUAGUGUGCCAUAUAUUGCUUCACCAACUCCAGUGUCUCAACCGGAGCUUACCACAUUACUGGGUGCUGACCAACAAAAUGAUAACAUGCUUUUUGGACCACGACCUGGUUAUCCUCCUCCUGUGGGAUCUUUCGGUGGAGGCAGCAUACCUGGAAAUCCUGGUACGCUUGGCUUCCAUGGUUUACAGCAAGGUUUUGAUGGACAGAAAUCUGGAGGACUUUGGUCAGAUUGGUCAAAACCCUCUGACAGACAACCACCUCUGACUCCAGUGUCACCUGCUGUAUCUCCACAACCACUUGACAUGUUUAGGUCCUUUGGGCAGAAUGUUCCAAUGGCAUCCCAGCAACAAAGAUCAUUCUUUGAGUUUGGAUCUGGUUUGAACUCCUACAAUAGAGGCUAUUUGCAUAGUGGUUUUAACCGGGGCUCCAGUUUUGGUAGUGCACCUAUUCCUAUGUUGGGAAUGAACAAUCGGGGAUGGGUUUCCCUUGACAAACAUGGGAGGGAUAAUGACUCUCUGUGUGGUAAUGGUAAUCUUGAUAUACUUAGUGAGCAAAACAGGGGACCAAGGGCUUCAAAGCCUAAGAGUCAUAUGACUGAACAGGGAUCUUCUGUGGAUAGUAACAAAAUUAGCAAGGCUAAAAUCAAGAUUCUCGAUGAGUCAUACAACCAGCCAGAUUUUGUCACUGAAUACAAAGAUGCUAAGUUUUUCAUCAUCAAGUCAUAUAGUGAAGAUAAUGUUCACAAGAGCAUCAAGUACGGUGUCUGGGCCAGCACACCAAAUGGGAAUAAAAAGUUAGAUUCUGCUUAUCGUGAAGCUAAAGAGAAGCAAGAGUCAAACCCAAUUUUUCUCUGCUUUUCGGUGAAUGCUAGUGCUCAGUUCUGUGGGGUGGCUGAAAUGGUUGGGCUUGUUGAUUUUGAAAAGAGUGUGGAUUACUGGCAGCAAGAUAAAUGGAGUGGACAUUUCCCAGUCAAGUGGCAUAUUAUUAAAGAUGUCCCAAAUAGCCAAUUUCGUCAUAUUGUAAUUGAAAAUAAUGACAAUAAGCCUGUGACCAACAGCCGUGAUACUCAGGAGGUAAAAUUGGAGCAGGGAAUUGAGAUGUUGAACAUUUUCAAAAAUUAUGAAACUGAUUUAUCAAUCCUAGAUGAUUUUGAUUACUAUGAAGAUCGGCAGAAAGCCUUGCAAGAAAGGAAGUCAAGACAGCAAGCUAGCCUGAUGACUGUAGGAGUAAUUGGAGAAACUGAUCAUAGAAAUGCUGUUACGUAUUCCGAUGAUUUCGUCAGGCAGAUGUCUAAGAGCUUUGCUCAAGUUGUUCGUGUGGAUGAGGGUAACAAAGAAGGCACUUGUACUGAAAGACCUACCUCUGCCUCUGAGGGAUCUAUGGGUGCCAGGGUUACACUAGAAGAUGCCCUCCCAGCUGCUGUCUCUUCUGCUCAAACUGGUUAGGAAAAAAUCAAGUGGUGGGGUUGCUGUUCUUUAUGUUAUGAACUUCAAUCCUACUCUGUUUAGCUUUUUAUUGUUUUUUGAGAAGGUAGAUCACUGAUGUCGAGAUCAUUGGAGUGCUUUAGUAACUGAAUGAAGGGUCUUACCAGUUUUACAAGCUGAUGAGCUUCUUGUAUAAUCAUCUCUCAAGUUCUUUUUUAUUUUAGUCAUUAGGUUUUUAUUUCCUGUCUCUUUCUUUGCUUUUGUAUGUGUAGUUGCAUGUAGAUAUUGGCUGACAUCUUGCAUUUGUAAAGUUCCAUAUCUUUUGAGGCAGUCUAAUAAUUGAAUACAUCAGAAGGUGUUAUUGAAGAACCCUUUUCAUUA